UUUUUUUUUUGAAACGGAGCUCGCUUUCGUUUUUUUUUGCUUUGCUGCUUCCUCUGCGCUUGAAGCCACUUCGAUUUCCACUACGAGCAAUGACCAAGACAUCCAAGAAGGCGUCAGCGGUGCAGGCAAAGCCAGAGCCGCAGUCUGGCGACGAAGAGAACGUCGCUGCGUCGGUGUCCGUUUCAAACACGAAACCGUCGCCGCGCUCGCCAAGCAAGGCCAAAGCCAGACGGUCGAAGCCCGCCGUCGACGACGAGGCAGAUGAAGACGUGGUCGACGUUGUAGAGGAGCUUCCCGCCCGCAGAUCGCCUCGCAGGUCGCCCCACAACUUGGAGAAGCCCGAACCGCGGACAAGCUCUCCCGCCGUCGCAAAGUCUCGGCAGUCCAAAGCUGCAGAUGCUGAAGAACAAGCUCAGACACAACCUAUGCCGAGCUCUCCUGCCAAAUCGAGGACUGCUCGCGCAGCAGCAGCAAAGCCCACAGCGCGAUCACUAAAAGGGCAGAUCGAUGCUGUUGCUGCUUCUGCUGCUGCUGCUUCUACUACUGCUCCUGCUCCUGCUACUGCUCCUGCUACUGCUUCUGCUCCUACUGCUGCGACUUCUGAGAACAGCUCAUCCAAUACCGAGAAAAAUACCCAAGCAAUUGCAGCACCAUCCGGCGUGCCAAUCUCGAGACAAGCGACCCUCCCUCUGCCGCCAGUUCUCACUCCGACCUCAAGCUUUGAACGACGGAGCAUGCGACAGUGUUCGUCAGAAGUCAAGAGACUCCUCCUCGCAAACAUUCAGCAGGCCAUUCGAAUUGGCAACGAGGACCAUCUGGAGGUUUACCAAACGCCCACCAUCGGAUUUGGAAUCAAAGCCACGCGUGAUUAUGAACGAAGUGACUACGUGUGCGAGUACGCAGGCGACUUGAUUGACAUUUCUGAGGCGAAGCGUCGGAACGAAGAGUACAUGAAGGAUGAGUCGAUUGGCUGCUACAUGUACUUUUUCCAGCACAAGGAGACCAGGUGGUGUGUUGAUGCGACGCAUUCGACAAGAAAAGGCCGCCUCAUCAACCACAGCAAGACCGACCAAAACCUCCUCACCCGCAUUUUAACUGUCGACGACAAGCCAAGGCUUGUGUUUUUCGCCACCAAACACAUCAGUCGGGGCGAUGCUCUGUGGUAUGACUAUGGGGAACGAAACGCCGCCACAAUCGCAGCGAUGCCGUGGCUCGCCCAGUAGCAAAACAAAGACGUGUACUUUAAAUGCUGAGCAAAAUACAAGGAGAAUAUUGAGCG